AGCUAUUCCUGGACUCUUACUUUUGACUUCCAUGCCAUGCACAGUCUCACUAUCUUCUUGCGUCCAAAUAAACACAAGAAACGUCCUCCAGGACCUUUGGCCCUGCCUAUAAUGGGAAACAUCCACCAGUUAGGCACACUACCACAUCGCAGCCUUCAAUCUCUGGCUAGCAAAUAUGGGCCCCUCAUGUACCUGCGGCUCGGACAGAUCCUAACCAUUGUGGUCUCUUCCCCUGAAGCAGCUGAACUACUCUUCAAGACCCACGACCCUGUUCAGUCUCAGGCCACUGAUUACCUAUUUUAUGGCGCCAAAGGUGGAGCCUUUUCUGAGUAUGGUUCAUAUUGGCGCGACAUGAAGAAACUGAGCGUCCAACAUCUUUUCAGUGCUUCAAAUCAAGAACUGUUUGGUCAACUUAGGAGGGAGGAGAUACGAAUGGUGGUGAAGUCUCUAGAGAAUACUGCAAAGAUGGGUGAGGUUGUGGACGUCAGUGAGAAAGUGCAUGGGCUUCUAGAAGAUAUAACUUAUAAGAUGAUAUUGGGACGCAAUAAGGAUGACCAGUUUGAUCCGAAACGGCUCGUUUCUGAGACACCGCUGGAGCAUUUAAUCUUGCAGAUUUUUUUCCUUGGUUAGGAGCUUUUAAUCUCCAGGGCAUAUGAAACUUCUGCUGUGACUGUCGAGUGGACUCUAUCAGAACUUUUAAGAAAUCCAAGGGUGAUGAAGAAUCUACAAGAUGAGCUAGAAAUUGU